AUGGAGAGCAUUCGGACCGUCUUGGCGUUGGCGAAAGAAUACGACAUGGACGUCAGAUUUAGUCACAGGUUCACAGCAGAAAUUGUAAUCAACGACGGAGAUAAGCAGCUCAAAUCAGUGGCAACUUUCUAUGUAGUAAAAAGAAGCCCACAACCGCUCUUGGAAAGGAAGACAGCUUCUAGUCUGGGUGUUUUGAUAGUGGGUCUGCCUAGCCAAAGGGAAUCACUCCAUAAGGUAACAUCAAUCCGCCCAUUUCCCAAAACUCGUGGAUACAAGAUUAGUCUACCUAUCGAUAAAUCUGUGCCGCCGGUUUCACAAAGACUUCGGAGAUUGCCUUUUGCAACACUCGAAAGGGUUGAAGAAAAACUUAAUGAACUACUUGCAAAAGAUAUCAUCGAACCCGUUACUGAACCCAACCGAUGGGUAUCUCCUUUAGUCGUUGUGAUGAAAGAUAGUGGUGAUUUAAGAUUGUGUAUCGAUAUGCGUCAAGUGAACAAAGCGAUACUACGGGAAACUCAUCCGCUACCUACUAUUGAAGACAUCAGAUGGAAGCUUAACGGGGCAACAAUAUUUUCAAGAUUGGACAUCAAGGACGCUUUUCAUCAACUUGAAAUUGACGCUGCUAGUAGACCGCUUACCACCUUUAUAACUCAUCGAGGUUUGUAUCGGUAUAAGAGAUUAAUGUUCGGGAUCUCUUGUGCUCCGGAGAAAUAUCAGAAGGUAAUCGAGCAGAUAUUAUCAGAUUGUCCCAACACAGUGAAUUUUACUGACGACAUCUUCGUUUUUGGGAAAUCUGAAAAAGAGCAUGACGAUGCGCUUCAGGAAACGCUAGGAAAGUUUCGUCACCAUGAUAUACUCUUGAACCAAGAAAAGUGCGCAUUCAAAAUGUCCGAAAUCGACUUUUUAGGUCAUCGUUUUGACAAAAAUGGCAUGACCCCGUCGCGAUCCAAAAUUGAGGCGAUACAGAAAUUCCGUGCUCCUGCCACUUCGGAGGAAGAGCACACCUUAGCACACUUUGAUCCUAAACUGUCUACCAGAGUCGUAGCUGAUGCCUCUCCGGUCGGUUUGGGGGCUGUACUGAUACAAUUUUUUGAAGGGCAGCCUAGAGCGGUUUGUUUUGCCAGCAAGAGCCUCACCGAUACCGAAAAGCGUUAUGCACAAACAGAGAAGGAGGCUUUAGCGUUGGCGUUCAGUUAUACUGUUGUUUACCGCAAGGGUAAAGCAAAUAUAGCUGAUCCCUUGUCCCGUCUUGCUCUGACAACAGCUGUAGAUGAAUUUGAUCCUGACUCUGAGGUAUAUGUACGUAACGUGAUCGAGUCCACAGCCAUUGACAUAGAUGAACUAGAAGUCGCUUCCUUAGAUGAUCCUGAGCUUUCUGAGCUAAGAGAGUUUCUCGACAAAGGGAUUUGGAACUACGCUUCAGCUCGCCUGAAACCAUAUCACCCAUUUAGGAAUGAACUUGGUAAAGUUGGAGGAAUGAUUGUUCGAGGAUCUCGGUUGAUCAUUCCAGAAAAACUCCGAGAACGUAUGCUUCAGCUAGGUCACGAGGGUCAUCUGGGUCGCACAAAAAUGCAACAAAGACUGCGUAUGACAUGCUGGUGGCCGGGUAUGGACGAGAUGGUUGCAAAAACUGUAGAUAAAUGUCAGGGUUGUAUGGUGGUGAGUCAACCUGAUCGGCCGGAACCUAUGCAGAGAAGGAAACUGCCGGAUGCACCUUGGAGAGACGUGGCUAUUGACUUCCUGGGCCCGCUGCCGUCUGGUGACUAUUUGUUGGUCAUUAUUGACUAUUACAGCCGCUACAAGGAAGUUGAAAUCCUCAAGAAAAUAACAGCUGGUGAAACUAUUGAUCGUUUGGAAAAGAUAUUUGUUCGAUUGGGAUACCCAAACACUAUCACCUUAGAUAAUGGCCGUCAGUUCAGUUAUACGGACGAAACUUCCAUCGUUACAAGACAUUUCAGCAGCCCUCCACCAUCUGAUUUUAGAGAUCGAGAUCAAAUCUUGAAGGAAAAAGGGAAGGAAAAGGAGGAUCGACGUCGCAGAGCUCAUCCUUCGGCCAUCGCUGUUGGAGAUAUGGUUCUAAUGAAGAACGUUUUGCCUGGGAAUAAGCUUACUACAACGUUCAAGCCAACAGCUGUGGAAGUAAAAUCUAGACAAGGUUCAAGAGUUACGGUUCAGGACCCAAAGGCAAAUAAGUUCUAUGAUCGAAAUACAAGCCACCUCAAGCAAGUUCCAGCAGACGCAGUUAAAGGACCAGGAGAGGAGCCUACCGAAAUGGAAACCGAUGGUUACGAAAUUUCAGAUCUUGUGGUGUCAAGGGAAGCAGAAGGAUGCGAGGAACUUCGUGUAGCACCAAAAGUAAUCGAGGAAUCAAAGCAAGAGAUUCGUGAACGUCCACAGCGUGCUAUAAGAAACCUGCCCGUUUCAAAGAUUGAUUGUCAAGCUGUUUAA